GCGCUUUUAAUUGUUUCAGUUCCUCGCAGAAAUUUGUCGCGCGCGCGAAUAGUUGCUUUUCGUUCUCCGGUCUACUCGCUCGCUAACUCACUCGAGACGACGGGAAUGAACAAAUCUAUCGGUCAACGGAAGUGAAAGUCCUCUGGAAAACACUUACCCCUAGCGAAUAGAAUAGUUCCCGCCGCCUUAUCAGAUCGAAAGACAAAAGCGUGCGAUUCCGAGAUUUUGGACUUUCCGGUUGUUUGAGAAAUCUAUUCGCGCCGCGUGUGAUCUAAAGACCGUUAUCAAUCAUCAAUCGAGUCAGGUCGAUGCUUUGAGGAGUAGGAGCAAGUGCCUCAACAGGAGAGCGGCUGCCACGAGCUCUCAGUUAUCAACGGUCAACUGCCCGCUGUUGACGGGGCUGCUCGGGUGUUCAAUCCCAGCUUCCAAUUCGCACCUCCCGAGUGAGGUGUUGGAGUUAGUUUCGCGCAUUCGAUUCCAUGUGCAUUGAUGCGUCGCGGUGUUAGGUGAAGACCAACGACUACACGACGUUUUGGAAGAAAUUGUUUGAGCCAAGUGGAGGCGUGGUGGCAGCUGCAGAGUGGGGGAAGAAGACUAAACAUCGACAACUGUAAAAUGCUGCAACGGCAGCUGGAAGAGCCAACCACCGCGAGCAACCUAUGGAACUACCUGGCGUUUGUGGCAUUCGUUGUGGUGUCCGCCCUGAUACCGAUUCGCAAGCGGCUAUGCAGCCGGAAGGUGAAAACCAAGGAGGACUAUGUCUUCGGAGCCGGUCACAUCUCGAUGCUGGCGAUGAUGCUGUCGAUUGCGAGGGGCACCCUCGGGGUUAUCUCGGUGCUCGGUUAUCCGAGUGAGUUCUUCUAUCGGGGGACGGCCAUGUGGGAAACGCUGUACGGCAUGAUGACCGCCUAUCCGAUUGUGUGCUUCGUGUUCAUUCCGGUGUACUUCGACCUGGGAAUCACUUCGGUCUAUCAGUAUCUGGAGCUGAGGUUCAACAGUCGUCUGGUGCGAUGCCUUGCAUCCGGAACUUACAUCCUCCGAACGCUUCUUAGCCUAGGCGUCACCAUCUACACCCCGACGGUAGCCCUGAACACCAUCAUCGGAGUUCCGUACUGGGCCUCACUCCUCUGCAUCACCUGCAUCAGUAUAUUCUUCAACGCGCUCGGAGGUAUGAAGGCAGCCGUGGCGGCUGACGUCAUCCAAAGUCUCAGCAUGACGGCCAUGUUGGUCGGAAUCGUCAUCUACUGUAGCGUCAAGAGCGGCGGAGUGGAUCAGACAGUCGCUAUCGGAGCGCAGGCGGGGCGGAUGAACUUUUUCAACUUUGCAGCCGACCUACAUCUCCGGGUAACGACCACUUCGGCUUGGCUUGGCGAGCUGUUCAUGUCGCUUAGUCUGCUGGGAUGCCAACAGAACUUCGUCCAGCGAUACUUGAGCAUGCCAACCCUGCGCAAAAUUCGACAAACCAUGCUCGUCAACAUACCACUCGUUGCGGUGCUAUUUUCGCUUCCCUGGCUGGUGGGAAUGGGCAUAUUUGCUCUGUAUUACACCUGUGAUCCUCUGAAGGCGGGAGCCAUAGAGAAAAUGGAUCAAAUCCUACCCUAUUUCAUAAUGGAUUACUUUGCCAAAGUUCCCGGAGUAUGGGGACUCUUCGUUGGAACGCUCUUCAACGGAGCCCUCACUUUGAACAUCUCCAACAUCAACUCCCUCGCAACGGUUACUUGGGAAGACUUCCUAUCGCUACUCCCAGGUUUCCGUAAAAAGACCGACAGCUAUCAACUGACUGUGAUCAAACUGGUAGGUACCAUUUACGCCAUCCUGAUUCUGGGCGUCGGAUUCCUCGUUGGACUUCUGUCUGGAGUAAUCGAAUCUUCGGUGCUGAUUCUAUCGGCAACCUCCGGACCUCUUCUGGGUGUCUUCAUCCUCGCAAUGUUCGUGCCAUUUGCCAACUGGAAGGGAGCGGCUCUUGGAAUGCUGGUCUCCCAUGCAGUGACCGUCUGGAUCGUUACCGGACGCAUGAUGUACGUUGAGGUGUACGAUUCGCUGCUUUCGACCUCGAUCGAAGGCUGCGUCGAAGAUGCACAGUUCCUCACCAACAGCAGCACCUCGUACAUCGUAGUGGACCAGAUGAGUAGGAUAGUUCCUAUGCCCGCCCAGGGCGACUCGUUCCUUUACCGGAUCUACUCCGUGUCGUACAUGUACUACGGUGUGUUCGGAACCCUGCUAACAGUAGCCGUAGGAUUAGUGUUCAGUUUAGCCACGUGGAGCAGUGUCGAUGCGUACAAUACAAAGAUGUUGCAUCCGGCAGUGCGGUGGCUACACGAGCGAUCGCCUUUCGGUGGCAAACGGUUCGGGUCGUUCGAUGUGAACAAGGGAGAUAAGCUGCCACCCGCGGCGAAGGUAGUGGUUGUGAGUAGUAUGACCGAUAAGGAGUCCGGUAAGAGUUGAUGUAGGAGAGAUGAUUGCUGUAAUUUGACAGCAACGCAACCGACUAGCAAUGUAAGUUUGUAAAUAGUAAUAAAAAUUGUCUUAUCUUAAAACGGUUCA